AUAUAAUGAGAGUAGCUGGGGGGCUGGAAGGGAAAGGGAGGUGAAUAGUUAGUAGUGUAAUGGUGUGUAGUGGUGGUGAAAGUGGAAAGUCGAAGGGGGAGGGGGUAAAGAUGUGAGGAAUUGAAGAUGAAAGUUGGUGAUGGUAUUUUUGGUUUAUCUUUCAAGCUUUCCGCUUCCCAUCAAAUGAGACUAAAACGAAAGUGUUCGUGUUGCCCCUCACCAUUUCCUCUCUGUGACUUCACUAUCCACUUCCCACUUUUCUUUUUCUCCUGCUUUCUCUCUCUCUUCCCGUCUCCAUCCCUCAAUCACCCGUUCCCUGUCUGGAGUGCCGGAAUCAUCAUUGACCAACCCGGUGUUCCAUGUGCUUCGGUGUCCAUUCCCAUUGUCUGGCGGAAACAAGGCGCGCGUGCGCGACACAGCGACCCAACGCCCGGUCGAAUUGUCGAGAACCAUCGCCAAAACGCUAUCUUAGUGCCGGUGGAGAGACUGCGGAUCCCACGGGAACCACAACGUCAAUGAUCUCAUUGGUCUGUCCGCUAUAAGCUGCAAGGCUAUAGCAGACUGCCAGGCAAGUUUUCUUCUUCUUUGGCUUCAUCUAUGCCAUGCAUAUC